CAUUUCCGGUUGUACGUCAGAUAAAUAAUUCCGCAAGAAAAAUACAAUCAAGAAAGGGUGGAAUGGCAACAAUGAUUGAAGAAAAUGGUCCAUCAACUCACGUAGGGGGGCAGAGUGAACUGUCAUCCUCUUCUUCCAGAGCGCGUCAGAAGCUGGAGAGCCUACUGAACAAGAACAUGAGAAUCAGAAUGACAGACGGACGGACGCUGGUGGGACUGUUCCUGUGCACCGAUAGAGACUGCAACGUCAUCCUGGGGUCCGCUCAGGAGUUCCUAAAAUCCUCAGACUCCUUCUCUCAGGGUGAGCCCAGAGUGCUGGGGUUAGCCAUGAUUCCCGGCCAUCACGUGGUCUCCAUCAAGGUGGAGUCAGACAGCCUGUCCGACACACAGGGGUUCGGGGGCAGCCACUGAAGAACAAGCUGAGCUCACCCAAAGUUGGAGGACACUAGCCUAGAAAAGGCUACAGUACAGACUUGAAAUGGAGAAUUAAAUCAAAGGAAUUCCAGAUGCGGCUGAUAUCUGGUGCCAGUGUCAUAGGUUUACAAGUCAGAGCCAAGAUGUGUGCGAGAUGUGACCAGGCAUCCCCAGUGACAUUACAGUGUGUGUGAAGUUAAUACUGAGCAUAAAAGGUUUUUGCGCAAUUUGAGCCAGACUGUACAGUAUGUGUCUGUGUGAUAAAUGUUUUUCAAUACAUUUCAGUAUCUAAA